CGAUCGGAAAAAGGACGCACAUGUUCUCAUAUAUAAGCGUCGCGACGCUCACUUUCUUCACUCUACAGAUCAGCGUCCAAGCUAACACUAGUGAGUCCAAACAGUAAACAUGUCUUUGCAACGUCAAGUCGCCGCUAAAAUCGCUGCCAAGCGUAACCCAGAACAAGACAAAGAAGCUCAAGAAUGGAUCGAAACCAUUCUUGGAGCCAAAUUUCCCCCAGGCCAACUUUACGAAGAAGUUCUUAAGGAUGGAACCGUUCUCUGCCAACUGAUCAACAAACUCGCCCCUGGAUCCGUACCAAAGAUCAACACAUCCGGUGGACAAUUCAAAAUGAUGGAAAACAUCAACAACUUCCAAGCCGCCAUCAAGGCUUACGGAGUUGCCGAUAUUGAUGUCUUCCAAACUGUAGACUUGUGGGAAGCCAAGGACAUCGCCCAAGUAACCAACACCCUGUUCGCUUUGGGCAGACAGACCUACAAACACAGCGAAUGGAAAGGACCAUACCUUGGACCCAAACCCGCCGACGAGAACAAACGUGAAUUCACUGAAGAGCAAUUGAAGGCCGGACAAACCGUCAUCGGUCUCCAGGCUGGCUCCAACAAAGGUGCCACCCAAGCUGGCCAGAACAUCGGCGCUGGACGCAAAAUCAUCAUUGGAAAGUAAAUUACCAUUCUCCAUUUAUUAUUUUUUUAUUUAUUAUACUGUAUAAGAUAAUUUAAUGAUAUAAUAAAUUAUUUAUUUAUUUAUUUAUA